GAGAGGCCAUUCGAAAAUCCGCCUAAGCCGAUAGUCCCCUCGGCAAAUAGGCUCUGCUGGAGGGAUGGCUCCGAGCCAGCCAAUCAGCCAUCUGCCCUCGCGAGGCUGGCCUAUGACUCACUCGGGGUGUGUGGUGAACACGUGACCGAGGCUAGCCGGCUGCGGCCCCGUUGUGAGCAUAACGCCACGAUCGCACUCGGGCUUUCCAUGUCUGUGUGUGUUUGCGAUCUCGACGCUGAUGCUGACGCAUUCGCAAAAUGCCCAUCGGCCGCGUCAUUCAGUCACCCACUCAGUCCGGCCAACCGUCGAGCCGGUGGUGUCGCUGCAAGACGGGGCGUGGCGAGUUCGCAUCGUGUCUGUCUGCAGCCCUCGACGGGUGGGCCUUUCACCCGGUUCGACGUCGCCUGUCCACGCCCUUGCGUCGGCCCUGCCAGUCCCGCCAUCUCGCCUCCCAUUGGGCUCAGGCUGCGGGCUCACGGACAGACGCCUCGAUCACCAGCUGCCUCUCAAUUCAGCUCCGCCUAUCGAUCGAUAGCCUCAGCCGGCAUUCGCCGACUAAAUCAGGGCCCAAACUCGCCGCGCUGA